GUUGCGGAAGAGAGAGCCAAGUAUGAAGCUGAGACUGCUGAGCUCAGGAGUAGAAUUGAGAAAUUAGAGCGGUAUUUCAAUGAGCUUGAAAAAGAAUCAGAAUCUAAGAAAAAUCGCAAAUUUCAGACUAGAUGCAUCCAGAUAGCUAAGGAGAUUCUUAAUGAGGAACCUAUGAUCGAGUAUCACCCUCCUUUCUUGAAUAGAUUAGAGCUUGAUGCCUUCUUUCAAAAAUAUCGAAUCGCAUUGGAGGUGCAAGGUGCUCAGCAUCGGUUUCAUAACACUAGCUGGUAUAAAGAUGUUAAAAAACUCGAAGAUAUUGUUAAUCGUGACCGGCAAAAACGAUGCAUAUGUCAAGAUAAUGGAAUUUUCCUUCUUGAAGUAUGGUAUGACGAAAAACCAGAAAUCGUUAUCCCUAAAAGGAUACAAAAAAUUAAGGAGUUUGUUUGUCCAGCAUCCAAAAGUUUUAAUAUUCAGACCAUGCGCGUCUCAAAAGGCAAUAAAAAUUAUGUGUAG